AUGACAAAGACAAACAACAACACCAAGGCCGCUCCAGUGCUCGCCCAGGUGAGCGCCAACGCGUAUGGGGAAACCCUGUUCAGAAGAAAGAAGUUUGUGCGUUUCUCGGAGCACACGCACCUGAGCGACAUUGCUCUCGGCGAUCAAGAGAGCGAGCCUUCUGGCCACAAGCCCGCCCAUGGCCUUGCGAGCGGCCUUCGUCCGUAG